GGUUGAGGCUAUACAAGUAGGGUGGACGGUAUGCUUCUGCUUGUCUUUUGUGGUGCCCCAUUUCUUCCUUGUAAAAUUCUAUGUCCAGCGGUUUAAUGACAUAAAAAAAAUCACCUCAUUAACUAGAUUACUAUGCCUCAGGUUGAUCCUGAUCUCUAUGGCGGUGAUACCCGCACUAGAGCAUUUAUACGUGUGGAUGCACCUCAAGCUCACUGUUUCAAUAAAAGAUGCCCAGGAUUCGUGCUAGUGAGAUCGGACGUACCUCUUGAUUUUGUUUAUGAACAGACUUCUAAGUAUGGAGGACCGAUCUAUGGAACACAGCUAUAUGUCAAACGAGACCUCGCUAAUGGAAACUGGUGGCUGCUGGUUGGAAAUGACUUCACCCUGGUUGGAUUUUGGCCGAAGAGAAUAUUUAGCGAACUAGCGAACCCGGCUUCCUAUGUUGAAUGGGGAGGAAAGGUGUAUAGUCCAGCAGGCACCCCUACACCUGAAAUGGGCAGUGGUCAUUUUCUGCAGCAAGACACAAAAUAUGAUGCAUACUUCAGGAAUAUUCAAGUUUUCAAUGACUUUGGCUAGAACGUGGAUGAGUUCAACACAGAGACCUUUAAUGAUAUUGGAGUGUGUGAUGUUGCUGAUAAAAAAAAUGCUCGGAACUUUGGGCAUCUAGUCCUAUAUGGGGGCCCUUCACUGUAAGGUGUUUUGUUCUUCAAAGUAGUAUUGUGACGGAUUACUUUACUCCAGAUCCCUUUUAUUGCGUACGUCAAUAAAUAACAAAAUUACAAUGCAAAAUAUAUAACGAAACUUUAUUUGAAUA